AUAGUUCCCGAAUCUGCAAGUCUUCCCGAAAAUUUUGUAUUCAAAUGUCAUUUAACAUAGUCUCUAGCUAUUUUUAUCCAUGAACAAUGGAGAGUGACGUAUUCACUCGUAUUUUCGACGUGGAAACAGAGAAAAAAACGCUGACACUGUACCAAUAUAAAGUUGGAGACGUCAGCUGUGUGGUUUGGGACGCGGCGUUGGUCCUAGCCAAGUACCUGGAUCACCAGUGCAAUGACAAGGGUCCUGGGGAGAACUUCCUCAAGGGGAAGAAGGUCCUGGAGCUGGGGGCUGGGACCGGGUGCGUGGGCAUGACUGCAGCCUGUCUAGGGGCUCACGUGGUGAUGACAGACCUCCAGAGUACCAUGCCAAUACUCCGGAAAAAUAUAUCGAUGAAUGAGGACCAGUGGAGAGGCUUGAGCACUGCUAGAGCAGAAGUUCUUGAUUGGGAAAACGAUUUUCAAUUAGAUUUUCUUCCUGAUAUUGUCGUUUUAGCUGACUGCGUUUAUUACGAGAAAUCGAUCCACCCAUUGCUAAAGACCCUGGAGCACCUCUGCAGGAGCAGCCCCAGUACUUACGCCCUUCUCUCCCAAGAGGAGCGAAACACCCCGGGGCAAAUACCCGUUUGGAGCGACUUCCUGACGAAUUUGAAAAAAAAAUUCCAGCUGAACUACAUUUCCUUGAAAGAACAGCAUCCGAGAUAUUCCAGUGAAGACAUCCACUUAAUUCAAUUAAAACUCCUGAAUAAUGUCAUACAAUAAAUUUAUCAAAUUAAAAAAAAAAAAUUUAAUAAAUUUAUACCUCUUGCGGUUUAUAUAUCUAAAUUUACAUAUCCAGCAGCGGCUGAAAACCUGUAUAACUUGUACAAUUAUCAAUAUUAUCCACUAAUUCCUUCA